UUCAGUAUUUAACCAGCCGAGACCGAGAAUUUACGAGCCGGGUUGAGCCCGCCCAACGUAUGUCACUGUAAUUUCACCUUUUCUAGUAGAAAAACACACAGCCCUUCUAGUUUAGAUCAUAGACAGAAUAGCCCCCAACUACUGAACACAAAGGUCCCAAAAGUGGAAACUAGUUAAAGAGAAUCCCUGCUACCGCCUUCUCAUAUUUUUCUAGUUCUUGAUUUGAGAGUUCCCCUCUCUCUCUCUCCGUGAAAGACAUAGAUAGGCAUAGAGAGAUGGCUAUAGCGGCUUCUGGACAGCUCAACCUGGAAGAGUCACCAGUAUGGGGUUCUCGAAGCGUCGACAACUUCGAAAAGUUGGAACAAAUUGGCGAAGGAACAUACGGUCAAGUAUACAUGGCCAGAGAAAUAAAGACGGGGGAAAUUGUUGCGUUGAAAAAAAUACGCAUGGACAACGAAAAAGAAGGGUUUCCUAUAACUGCCAUUCGGGAAAUCAAAAUCCUAAAAAAGUUGCAGCAUGAAAAUGUUAUUAAGCUGAAAGAAAUUGUGACCUCUUCAGGUUCUGAGGGGGAUGAGCAAGGGAAACCAGAUGGUAACAAAUACAAGGGCAGCAUUUACAUGGUUUUUGAGUACAUGGACCACGAUCUUACUGGCCUUGCUGAUCGUCCUGGACUGAGAUUCACAGUUGCCCAGAUCAAGUGUUAUAUGAGGCAACUAUUGACUGGUCUUCACUACUGUCAUGUCAAUCAAGUACUUCAUCGGGACAUCAAAGGCUCUAAUCUUCUGAUAGACAAUAAGGGAAUUCUAAAGCUUGCAGAUUUUGGGCUGGCACGGUCAUUUUCCAAUGACCACAAUGGAAAUCUCACUAAUCGUGUUAUUACUUUGUGGUAUAGACCUCCAGAAUUGCUGCUUGGAGCCACAAAGUAUGGUCCGGCUGUGGACAUGUGGUCAGUUGGUUGUAUCUUUGCUGAACUCUUGUAUGGGAAACCAAUCUUACCAGGAAAAAAUGAGCCUGAGCAAUUGAACAAGAUAUUUGAGCUUUGUGGAGCUCCUGAUGAGAUUAACUGGCCUGGAGUUUCUAAGAUUCCCUGGUAUAACAAGUUCAAACCAACAAGGCCAAUGAAAAGACGAGUUAGGGAGGUCUUCAGAGGGUAUACUUUUGACCGCCAUGCUCUGGAAUUAUUGGAGAGAAUGCUAAGUCUUGAUCCAUCACAGAGAAUGUCUGCAAAGGAUGCGCUUGAUGCUGAAUAUUUUUGGACUGAACCCUUGCCUUGCGAUCCCAAAAGCUUGCCUAAAUAUGAAUCCUCGCACGAGUUUCAGACUAAGAAAAGAAGACAACAGCAGCGACAAAAUGAAGAAAUGGCAAAGAGACAGAAAUUGCCACAUCCACAGCAGCAUGCUCGCCUGCCUCCCAUCCAGCAAUCUGGACAAGCUAAUCCUGCACCUUGGACUGGGCCUAAUCAUCCUGUAAACAACUCCCAGCCCCCGAUGUCCGCUGGACCUACUCAUCACCACUAUGGAAAGUCCCGUGGUCCUCCUCCUGGAGGGCCAAACAUGUAUCCUCCAGGUGGAAACCCUAGCGGUGGGUACUACCAAGAUCGUGGGGGUCAAGGUGGAGGUUACAGUGGCGGGUCAUAUCCCCCACAGGGACGGGGACCUCCAUAUCCGUCAGGCGGCAUGCCUGCUACUGGUCCCCGAGGAGCAACUAGUAAUUAUGGAGUCGGGCCUCCUAAUUAUCCCCAAAGUGGUCAGUAUGGAGGUUCCGGUGCUGGUCGGGGUCCAAACCCAAUGGGCAGUAAUCGAAAUCAGCAGUAUGGUUGGCAGCAAUAAAGGUUGUGAACUACUCGCAAUUAGCAUACUGGAAAAGGAAAAAAAUAGAACAGGAAAAAAGAACUAAUGCUAGCAAAUUAGAAGAUAGACUGACUGAAUAGCAAUGAUCCAAUAGGGAAAGGAGAGCAGAUAGAAUUGAGUUUGGUUGUAGUUCUAUCUGAGUUCUGUAUAGGAAGAAUUCAGUCUUAGGCUGUAGUUCAAUUCGAGUUUUGUGAAGCAUUAAGGCUUUGAUCAGGUUAGGAACUUGUAAAGUUGCUGUUGCAGUUGAAUUUAGUCUAUUUAGAUGUUUAAAAAGUUAUGCCUUGUUUGGUUGGUUUGGUUUUUUUAAACCAAUUUUUUUAAAAAAAUGAUUAAAUGAAAAUGAUUCUGAA